AUGAAUUCUGAAGAGAUCCAGAGGAAGAUGGCUGAUCAUGAACGCAAGGUAGUUGAAUUGGAACGGAGGUUGGUUGAGUAUGAGCGCAAAAUCGUUGAUUUUCAACUGAUGCAUGCUGAAGAGAUGCAGAGGAACCUGACUGAUCAUGAACAGAAGCUUGUUGGUUUGAAACGGGAGAUGGAUGACUAUGAGCAGAGGAUCAUGGAUUAUGAGCUGAAGAGGGUUCGUUAUGAACGAAAGAUUGUGCGUCUCGAGAAUUCUCUCUUCUAUAAGGAAUACGAGAUUCUAAGUGCAAAGUUCACAAUGGUAGAGGCUUUGCCCGAGCUCAAUGCUCCAUGCGGAAGCAAUCCGUUUGAAGAACUUAUACGGACCCCUGGAUCCUUGGAUGAAUUUAUCUUUCACAAGGCUUGCCGUGAAGCAUGGGAUAAGGAGGGAAAGGCUGGGGAUGAAAUGGAGAUGAGUGCAGAGGCUGUUAAUCUGUACAGACUAUGGACAGGUCUUAUCAAUGAUGAACAGUGGGAGCUUUACCCUGCUCAGGGACUAUAUGGGCUCAUAGAAAACUCAGACCUUGAAGAGCUCCAAGACAAGUAUGGUGCCUCUCUUUACAAUGCUAUCAAGACUGCAUGGGUUGAGAUUCUGUUGUUCAGGAGAACCGGAGUGACUCUCAAGCCAUGGAACCAUGAUGCUGGAAGAGAGCAGACUCUAAGUGAGCUCCUUGAACUACUGCCAUCCACAAUCGAGGAUCUCAGGAGUGGUCACUGA